UUUUGAUCUCUUUCCGCUCGAAAUUUCUUCUUUUUUUCCCAAAUACAUCGAAGAUUUCACAAUAGUAAGCAGGAUGAAGAGAGCAAGUGAUCCUCUUCUGGAGGAGGAUAACAAAAAACCCAAAAUCGAAGAAGCAACGUUAACUACCAGUGGUGGGGAUGUUGUGACAGUCACACUGCAAUCACCAAAUAUAAUAACUCAGAUGAUGGAUAUUGCUGAACCACUGAGUACACUCAAGAAGUUGUUAGAAAUCAGAUUACAGUGCAAUCUAGAAGAACAUGAAGUGUACUUACAGAAUACAGCACUGUUGGACUCUACUAAGAGUUUGUUAGAUCAGGGUGUCACUGCUGAAGGAUCUGUACAGUUUAGUUGUCAAGUUAUAUCAACACAAGGUGUCAAACCACGUAUAAAUAUUGUAGACAUUGUUAAACCUAUAGUUGAACCAAUGGAAGUUACAGUAGACACCACACCUCCACCACCACAAG